CAUUUUCCCCGCCCUCGUCCUGAUAAGUCACAUCAAUUAGCAGUCACACAAAAUCCAACACGUGAAGCAGCCAGACAAUCCUACUCUCAAACACGACCACGCGUGGAUGACCAUCGGGUAAGCAAUUCCUUUUCAUUUAUCUUACCGUAACAUAGAAGUUGUUCAAUAUAACCGUGUUUAACAGUGCCCACCAAAGGUAAUAUCAUUCAAUAAGACAGCUAGCUAGCUAGCUAGCUCGAUCGUUAGCAUGCUAAUAAGCUUCCAGUAAAAGUAAUGUGGACAUGUCCUGCAGGCAAGGUUCUGGAAAACUUUUCUAAAUCUUUAACAACCCAGUCUGUGGAACUUGGUUUUGGUACCAUAUGUUUAUUUCAGUGCAGUAUUUGUUUUAUUCGAUUGCAGUUAAUUUAAAUUAGUUAGUACAGGUAGCCUAAUGAAAGCGGGCCAGGCACUUCUAGCAUUUACGCUAAGCCCGGUGUAUUUACACUGUUUAUUCUUGUGCUGAUUCAAUUGUACACCGUUUCAAUGAAAAAAACAAACAAACGUUUGCAAUGAAAUUAUAGCAGAAUUCAGCUUUGUUGGUACAUUUGGUCAAGACAAUAUUGUGUUACUCUAUUUUAAUUUUACAUUGUUAUCUGCCUGACAAAUGGUUUGCCCGAAUCUAUUAGUCUGACCAGCAAAUGUUUGAUGAAAUGAAUUUUUGUAUUUUUGAGGAAGAAAAUAAUAUUCCUUUGGCUCAGUACUUUUUGAGCCAAAAUAAGUGCUGCCAUAAUAUUGUGCUUGCUUGUCUGGCUGACUUCUUCUCACUUUCCAUUGUAGAUGUUUACUGGUGGUGAUAAUGUCACAAAGAAGAACCAGACUGAGCCCUGAAUCUGAGGCUGCUCCUUUUAUCUGGAGUCAACAAGCCUUGUUUGAAAGCCCAGUGGAUCAAUGAUUAUAAAGACACCAAGUGACGGGAUCUUGACUGAACCUUCUGGAGACCAAGAAGGGAGUGAGAGAUCCACUUCAUCCUUACAACAGACACCAAGUGACCUGACUGAACCCUCUGGAGACCAUGAAUGGAGUGAGAUAUCCACUUCAUUCUUACAACAGACACCAAGUGACCUGACUGAACCCUCUGGAGACCAUGAAUGGAAUGAGAGAUCCACUUCAUUCUUACAACAGACACCAAGUGACCUGACUGAACCCUCUGGAGACCAUGAAUGGAAUGAUAGAUACACUUCAUCCUUACAACAGACACCAAGUGUUCCGAUCCUGAUGAAACCUUUUGAAGAUCAAGAAAGGAGUGGAAGAUCCACUUCUUCCUUACAACAGACACCAAGUGACCUGACUGAACCCUCUGGAGACCAUGAAUGGAAUGAGAGAUAAAUUCUCAAAAUUCUCAAAUUUUCAAAAUUCUCAUUAUUUCCUGGAAUAUCUUAUUUUGAUUAUUUUAUUUUUCCAUUUUUAAUAAAUAAUGCCUUCUUUUACAGGUGGGAAUAAGAGACGCACGUGGACAGAUUAUGAAGUGAAGGCUGUUGAGCGACAUAUGUUUGAUUUCAUAACAAGCCAUAAAGUUUCAGGUAAAACGA